GAUAUGAUUGAAAAUGUAUUAGAGAUAAAGGAUACUCAUGUUAGAGAUUCAAUGUCAGUGCAGAAUCUUCUUACAGAGUUCCAGAUCAGAAAGGUUCACAUGGCCGUUGUUCUUAAUGGAUAUGGCGGAAACGUUGCGAUAGUAACCUUAGAACAUGUGGUUGAGGAGAAUGUUUGAAGAAAUCUUUGAUGAAAAUGAUUCAAAGGAGGAGAUCCAGAAGAAAACUGGCUAUAUUGUAAUGAGAGCAGAGGGAGUAUAUGAUGUCCAUGCCCAUGCAUCUAUUUAUUGGCUGAGGACUUGAAUAUCAAAAUGCUAGAGGAGAGUGCUUGCGGCGGAGGGAGUGGUGAAUGCAGGGUACGAAGUGGUUGUCAAUGGCAGAGACUUCUAUAACUACACUGUGGCCAUGGAAGGUUUGCUUUCUUUGUCCUGUGAUUUAGGCUUCAGUCCCUCUCUCCCACUUGGUCACUUGCUUUUAGCAACAUCUUCCUCCCACAACAGACAAAACCCAACGGAAGUAGCCUCCCUUCUGUGAGAUGAAGGGACAUUAUCAGCAUCAUAGACUCAACUCACUUUCACCUCUUUAAUAUCAUCAUGGUUAGUUGUGCAUAUGACAGUGUCUCUGGACCAUAAAUUCUCCAAUAUUGG